CUUGAAGUUUACUCAAGCUUCUUCAGUACUUUCAAGAGUUAUGCCAUUAAUGGUUAAUCGUAUUAAUUCAAACGCCACCACCACCACCACCACCACCACUAAUCAAUUUAGAUUGUUAGCCACUGCUACUAAAACUAAAACUACCAAAGCCAGUCCUAAAAAGAAAAAGUCCAAGAAACCAAGAACUAAAACUGAAUUGGCUAUUGCUAAAGAAAAACUUGCUAAAGAAAAGAAAGAAUUAAAGAAAAUAGAAUUAAAAGUUCAAGCUAAAGAUAAAUUAUUAGAAAAGAAAUCUAAAGAAAGAGCUAAACUUGAAAAAGUUAAGAAUGAAGCUAAAGAUAAAGUAUACGUUGAACGUGCUCUUAAAACUUAUAAGAGUGUUAGUGGUUAUGCUCUCUUUGUUAAAAGUCAUAAAUCAAAUAAAAUUGGUGAAAUUUCAGUUCAAUGGAAUGAAUUACCAAAUUAUGAAAAGGAAGAAUGGAAACAAAAAGCUCAAGCUUAUAAUGAUGAAUUAUUAAAAAUUUUCAUUCCAAGACCAAAGAAACCAGCUGAUGGGUUUGCUUUAUUCCUUAAACUGGAAUAUGUUAAUGAUGGUCUUAGUGUUACUGAAUCAGUUAAAGCUUAUAGUGCUGAUUGGAGAGCUUUAGGUGAUAGUGAAAAAGAUGCCUUUAGAAUUUCCCCUGAAGAAAAACAAAAUUAUCAAGAUGCUGUUAAAUCUUGGAAAGCUCAAAGAUUAGAAAAUUAUGCUGAAUAUUUAAAAUCAAAGGAAGCUUAGAGAAUCCCUCAUAUCCUUAUAAAUAAUUUGUUUGUUUGAUUCAAAAUGUCAUUAUCAUUGUUAUCAUUAUUAUUAUUAUUAUUAUUAUU